UCCACUAACGCUAAGUUAUAUCAAUUUAAUGAUGAUUGACUCUCAGCUAUGGAAAGAACUUUGUAUAUUUAACAAAAUGCAGAUAUGUUAAUUGCUUCAAGAUUUGAAUAUUUAUAAGAAGAUAAAGUUUUCUGCUGCCAAUCAACCUAUAUCUUAAUCAGUACGUGUUUUGAUUUGCUAUUAUGCUCAUAAACAGUGCAGGUAUGUAUACAAAUCCAUAUGCAAUUGAGGUUUUGCAGAGCAAGAAAAAAGAACUGAUAGCAGGAAUUAUCAAUACAGAUAAUCUUCUGGACUGGUUGGUUGAGAAUCGUAUCAUUUCACCAGAUAAGAGAAUUGCUGUGUUGAAUUACAAGACACGGGAGGAAAAGAAUUCCAGAGUUCUGGAUAUGUUGGUUUGUUGCGGUGAGAGAGCCUGCAGAAUGUUUUUUUAUCCUUGUCUCAAGUAUUUGGAACCAGCUCUGUAUAAUUACAUCAGAAACUAUGUCAGUAAUGUGUCCGGCAGCUUUGGAAAUGCCAAGAGGCAGUUAGUAGGAUACCUUUUGGAAAGGGAUAAGGAUGAAAUCCCUAAGAACAAACAAAAAAAGGAAGCGAAAUUUGUGCAGAAUAUGGCAACUAAAAAUAAGCCACAUCAGACCCUAAAAAGUGUUAGACUUCUUCAUACCCAAAGUGAACUGACUGAGCUCUACCAAGCUGCAGCAUUGGGAAAUCUUUCUAGUCUUGAUAGUGCUUUUGGAGACAGUCAUGUAAAUGGCGUAAAUGCUUCCAAUGAAACUCUGUUGCACAUUGCUGCUGCUCAUGGAAAUGUUGCAAUUAUUAACUAUUUAUUAAGUAAAGGAGCAAAGCUAGAGGUGAUGGAUAACAAAGGGCAAUCACCUCUCCACCGGGCUGCAGAGAGGGGACACAUAGAUGCAACCAAACUGCUUCUCCAAGCAGGAGCACACAUUUACGCUGAAGAUACUGAGUCCAGAAGUCCAUUACAAUUGGCCGCAGAGAGCAACCAUUUCUCUGUUGUGAAGCUGCUGUUGAAAGAAGAAGUCAGAAAACAUAAAAAGAAUAAAUCCUUUCUGCAUCAGGCUGCUGUCAGAGAUGAAAGCAAAUUAGCACAAACCAUUCUCAAAUGUGGUGCCCUAGUUGACACGAAGGAUGAGAAGAACAGGACUCCGCUAUUUCAUGCUAUUUCCAAAGAACACCUCGAUACUGUGAAGGUACUGCUCAAAUCUGGAGCCAAUGUCAAUGUUGACCUGAUUCAUGCAGCAUUUAAAAGUAAUAACCAAUUCUUGAUUAGGCUGAUCUUGGAACAUAGCAAUGAAAUUAACCCUACUCUCUUAGUUAAUGCACUCUUUAAAGCAGUUCAGAAAAAUCUUUACAGAACCGUGGGCAUUAUCAUUGAACUGGGUAUUGAUGUCAACACCAGAAAUAAUUUGCAAUACACUCCUUUACUGCUGGCAGCAGAACUUGGCCAUGCUGAAUCUGUCAAAAUUCUGAUUGAUAAAGGUGCACGUUUAGAUGAAAGAAUACCAAAUAUGGAUAGUGCACUACAUCUUGCGGUCCAGGUUGGUUCCCUAGCUGUUGCAAAGCUGCUGACUGACCAUGGAAUGGAUGCAAACAUUGUUGGUUCUGAUAACCAAACACCCUUGCACAUUGCAUCGUUUCAUAACCAACCACCAAUGAUAGAAAUGUUGAUAACACGAGGUUCUAAAGUCAAUGCUGUCACAAAGGAAGGAGUUACUCCUUUACAUAUUGCUUCACAACGAGGUAACAGAGAUACAGCAGCAUGUCUCAUCCAACACAAAGCAAACGUGAAUGCUAAAGACAGAUAUAUGAAAACACCCCUACACAUGGCCGCUAUGGUUGGGGAUGCUUCCACUGCAGGUCUACUUCUGUCAAAUCAGGCUGAUGCCAAUGCAGCGAACAUAGAGAAGAAGACACCACUUCACUUAGCUGCUAAGGAAGGUCAUUUGGACUUUGUAUCUUUGAUGUUAACCAGAAGGGCCAAAUUUGCCACUAAAGAUAGAGAUGGUAAUACGCCAAUGCAUUAUGCAGCCAGCAAUAGCCAUAAGAUUGUUGUCAAAGCUCUUUUAUUGGCUGGAAAAAAUAAAAACAUUGAUAUUAAGAACGUGUGGCGGAAAACACCAUUACAUAUAGCAGCAGAGCAGAGUGAUGAGGACCUGAUAGAAUUGCUGUUGAACAGUGGAGCUGCCAUUAAUGCUUUGGAUAGCGCCAAAGAAACACCUCUGCAUUGUGCUUGCAAAUCGGGCAACUUUAACACUGCCCAAAAACUAAUCAACUGGUCUGAAGGUGAAAAACCAAAGCUUCAGUCAACAAAUAGUUUAAAAAAGACCCCACUUCAAGUUGCAGAAAGUGGAGAUACAGAUAGCCACGAACGAAUAGCAACAUUACUGAAAAGGAAAAUGUUGUUAAUUAGAUAAGAAAAGUAAACUCAUAUUCCCUGAUGAUUUAACUGGUCAAUGCAUUAUCUAGUUUGUGGAUUGAGAUUCAUGGACCAGAAUUGUUCCAUUUGCAACUCUGUGCUGUACUGAUCAUAAGCCAAUUUGCAGAGUUGGGGACGAUGUGAUGGAGGGAAUUAGCUGUCAUUCCUGCCUGUAUUUGUCAUCCAUUGACAUUUAUUCAUACAUGUAUGAUGUGAACUUUGGAUCAGAGACAAAAUAAAAGUAGAGGUGAUACUGACUGCCCACUUCAGACUUAUAUGGUUAUCCAAUGCUCACCAUCAAGAUUCACACUCAGUGAGGUACCAAAGGACCGGUGAUAUAUUGAAACCCAGUAUGACAGUAGUUUUUCAAUGAUUCGAAGGGAGGUGUGAUGAGAAACAAAAAUCAUUCUAAAGUAUGUAAUUUAUUGUGGCUCCGAAGAAUGAAACAGAGGGAAAAAUAAGGUGCUUACAAAAAAAAUGUAAAAUGAUCAAAAUAAAAAGUGAAAUUAUCAGUUAUAGAAGCACAAAGAAAUGUCAAAAUUCUGAACUGUGAAACAAUAGUGCGUCUUUAAACAAGUCAACUUAAUAUGGAAUGCAGUGAUGCAAAUUUGUGAAACUGAAUCAGUGUAUUGUUUGAUUAAAAUUCAUUACUGUAGUUUCCCUAUGUUUAUCUUUUCAUGGCCGGAAUCCAUAUUUCAUUUUUUGAGUUCUGUCGUAUGUUCACAUUCUGUGCCUUAAAAAAAUUUAAGAUUGUGUACAAAACAGUACAAUUGCAAUGCAGUAUGUGUGAGCAUGCAUCAGAUUUGGACAAUUGUUGCAAAACUGAAAGCAUUUCAUAGUUUCCUCUUAAUUCUGUGCUUCUCAAACCAAUCAAUAAAAUUGAUAGAAUAGAUGACAAAACUACUUGUAGUUAAAGAAAAAAAAAACUGUGGAUGCUGGAAAUCAGCAACAAAAACUGAAAUAGUUGGAAAAACUCAGCUGCUCUGGCAGCAUGUGUGGAGCGAAAUCAGAAUUAAUGUUUCAGGUCCAGAAGAUGGGUCAACUGGACGCAAUACAUUAACUCUGUUUUCUCUCCACAGAUGCUGCCAGAUCUGCUGAGAUUCUCCAGCGGUUUCUGCUUUUGUUGUACUUUUUAGUAACAUUACUUUUAAAAUCUUCUUACAAACAAUAUUGAGCACUCAGUCAAGAAAAUUUCAAAUCAGGUGAACCAGACAUUUUGAGCAAUCCUUUCUCCUUUAGUUCAGUGACCACAACAGUAGACUCAUAGAUUUCAACAGCUUUGAGCUGGUUGAUAUAUGCCAUGGAUAGUUAAUGCAGUUUUGCUAUCCGUUUCCAUUGAUUACAUCUGCUCCUUGACAAGACUAUUUUUGUCUGAAGUACAUUUUAUUAUAUGUUGUGCACUUUUGAAUGUAUUGUGAUUUUCAUUUUAACUCCGAUACGUGGUUCUUCUUCAUAUUUUGUAAAUUUUUGUGAAUCCUGCAAUUG